AUGAACCCAGCUGAACCUGGCAGUCCUAAUGCCACUGGGAAAGCUCUCAUCGUGGGCAAUGAAACAAUUACUGGUAAAUUAGUCAAUGAUGAACUAGGUAAAAAGUUGGAUAGAAUCAGCAACACUGAUGUCAGCAGCAACACCGAAGCUGGAAGCAUCACUAAUGUCAGCAGCAACACCGAAGCUGGAAGCAUCACUGAUGCUGACAGCAACACUGAUGCUGGCAGCAACACUGAUGCUGGCAGUAACACUGAUGUCAGCAGCAUCACUGAUGCUGGCAGCCACACAGAUGUCCGCAGCAACACUGAUGACAGCAGCAACACUGAUGUCAGCAGCAACAUUGAUGACAGCAGCAACACUGAUGUCAACAGCAACAGCAGCAACACUGAUUCUGGCAGACUCAUUGAUGUCAGCAGCAACACUGAUGAUCAACAUUGA